GUCUCCGGGUUAUUAAAGGCGACUCCAGAGUGCAUAAGAUUCUUGUUGUGUAAAGGUCAUCUCAGGAUGUUCAGGGUCUUGCUGCUCCUGUUGGCCGUGGCGGGUCUCCAUGCAAGACCACUGCACCGAUUCCCAAAUGGUAAAUUAAAACAAAUUGGGCCACAAAUGGUCCAAGAUGAACACAGGGAUAGCUCAGUUCUGAAGCACAUGAACACUGAUGUGAAACCCAAGAAGCAAUUACCAGUUCCCGCUGAGUUCUGCAGACAGGGAACAGAACCUUCCAGACGCUUCCUGAUGGACCUGAACACUGGGAUGCUCAAGCGUGGAGUUGGCGAAAUGAACAGAAGAGUUUCAGGAUUGGAUGAGUUCAGACAAGGCACUGAGAACAAGCUGCACACCCUGCAAGAGCUCAGAAUGCGUCCCAUGAUGAGAUCGCAGUACAGCGCUCAGAGCGAAAAACACGAGCAGAGAGCAAUCCCUGCCGAGGUGUACAGAAAAUGCACUGAAACUUCUAGAAAUGUCCUGAUGGACCAGAACACCGGUCUGCUCAAAGAACACAGGAACGAGAUGGACAGGAGAGUAGGGGGCUCAGCUAAAUGGGAAGUGGUUUCUGAGCAUGAGGACACAAGAAGCCAAGACUCUUCUGAACAUAAGGAGAACCACAAAGCAGUUCCUGUUGAGAUCCGCAGGCAGGGAACAGAACCUUCCAGACGCAUCCUGAUUGACACGAACACUGGGAUGCCCAAGGAGGAACUCAGCGAAAUGAACAGAAGAGUUUCCGGCUUCUACAAUCCAGCACCUAUUGAGAAGAGGCAAGGAACAGAACCUUCCAGACGCUUCCUGAUGGACAUGGACACUGGGAUGCUCAAGCAUGAAGUUGGCGAAAUGAACAGAAGAGUUUCUGGCUUCUACAAUCCUCCAGCUUAUGAGAUGAGGAAGGGAACCCAGAAUUCUCAUGCCACUCUGGUGGAUUCCAGAACUGGACAACUGCUGCCAGCUCUAACAGAACUGCAGAGGAGCACAGAGCCAUUGGAUGAGUUCAGACAAGGCACUGAGAACAAGCUGCACACCCUGCAAGAGCUCAGAAUGCGUCCCAUGAUGAGAUCGCAGUACAGCGCUCAGAGCGAAAAACACGAGCAGAGAGCAAUCCCUGCCGAGGUGUACAGAAAAGGCACUGAAACUUCUAGAAAUGUCCUGAUGGACCAGAACACCGGUCUGCUCAAAGAACACAGGAACGAGAUGGACAGGAGAGUAGGGGGCUCAGCUAAAUGGGAAGUGGUUUCUGAGCAUGAGGACAUAAGAAGCCAAGACUCUUCUGAACAUAAGGAGAAUCACAAAGCAGUUCCUGUUGAGAUCCGCAGGCAGGGAACAGAACCUUCCAGACGCAUCCUGAUUGACACGAACACUGGGAUGCCCAAGGAGGAACUCAGCGAAAUGAACAGAAGAGUUUCCGGCUUCUACAAUCCAGCACCUAUUGAGAAGAGGCAAGGAACAGAACCUUCCAGCCGCUUCCUGAUGGACAUGGACACUGGGAUGCUCAAGCAUGAAGUUGGCGAAAUGAACAGAAGAGUUUCUGGCUGUAUGUCUGCAAAGCCAUUUUUUUUUUUAAAUAUCAACGCACCGCUGCACAAACAAGACACUGAACCUUCCAGAAACCUCCUGAUGGACCUGAACGCCGGUCUACUCAAAGAACAUAGGAAUGAGAUGGACAGGAGAGUAGGGGGCUCAGCUAAAUGGGAAGUGGUUUCGGAGCAUGAGGACAUAAGAAGCCAAGACUCUUCUGAACAUAAGGAGAAUCACAAAGCAGUUCCUGUUGAGAUCCGCAGGCAGGGAACAGAACCUUCCAGACGCAUCCUGAUUGACACGAACACUGGGAUGCCCAAGGAGGAACUCAGCGAAAUGAACAGAAGAGUUUCUGGCUGCAGUUUACGCAAAUCAAAAAAAGACACGAACUUCUGCUUGACUCAACUAGAGCAGAUGCAACGAAAAUGCAACGACGUUCGGUCGCGUCGCAACAACGUUCGUCUGGUCAAUCUACCAACAGGAAUGGAAGGAGACGACCCUGUCGGUUUUCUACAGAAAAUGCUACCUAAAUGGAUCCCGGAUCUUUCGUGCCCGAUUGAGAUCGACAGAGCCCAUCGCGUAUACUCGAACUCCAACUCACCUAGGCCACGAUCGUUGAUAUUUCGGCUUCUUCGCUGCCCUGACAGGCAAGCCAUCCUUCAAGGAGCACGUAAAGCAAAACCCACUUUGCCCGGAGGAGCGCGUCUGGAGUUCUAUGCUGAUUACACAUUGCUGAAAGUCACUUACAAGGGUCAGAAAUACUCGUUUGAAUCUCUGGAAGAUGCUGAAAAGUAUCUCGAGGGUCUUGAUGGAGCGGCGACACCUAUUGCCCGCAGAUCUUUAAACUUCCUGCCUGAGGAGACAAUGGAGGAUGACUAA